UCCCACGUGGACUUAUUCUCAGCCCUUUAAUGGCUGGCUUUUUCCAAAGGUCGCCAAUCCGCUAGGAUUUGUUAGUUAGUGGCAGCCUCUUCUGCCAAUUGUCCCUCAGAAGUAGGAUCCCGCUGUCCAAUAGUGGUCCGCUGGUAGGCGGGUCUGGCACUUGCGCGGUGACAGAGCGCUAUGGCGCGCUCCAUUGGCCGGAUCAAACCCAAGCGAGGCUCUAAUUGGCCAGUGCUUCCGGAGGGUUGCAAUUCAAAUGCGGGCGGGUGGGCCCGACGCCCUGCAGUUGCAGUCGUGUUCUCUCAGUUCCUGUCCUACUGCCAGCGCCGCCCGGAUGGCCUCCCAGAACCGCGACCCGGCCGCCGCCAGCGUCACCGCCCCCCGGAAAGGAGCUGAGCCCAGCGGAGGCGCCGCCCGAGGCCCCGUGGGCAAGAGGUGAGCAGUGCGGAGGUAACACUUUCUGGGCCUAGCACGUUCUGGGCACUGGGACCGAGAGCGAAGAGUUCCAGGGCCCCCACCUCUUCCUGGAGCGAGUGAGAUAGGGGAGGUGGGGGCACCCUCCAGGAGCUCGGGCUGCCCUCCGAGACUCUCCUGAAGAAGGACCGAACGGAUAGGGACGCUGUCAGGAUGCUCCAUGGGUGAGUCAAGAGGAAGAGAGAGGCUCCGGGCGCCCUCGGUGGCUUGACGGCGCGGAGGAGGUGAGAUAUUGACGUCCGACACGGAGAGAGACUAGACACCAAAGAAGCAAAGGGAGUUAAAAACAAGCCAGAACCGUUCUUCGGGAGCCUGGAAUUUGGGAGGGUGAGGGCUCACUAGGACCCUCCCGUGGAAAUGGGGGCUACAGCAGGAACUGAUGACCCUCAUGAUGUCUGGCGACAAAGGAAUUUCUGCCUUCCCUGAAUCAGACAACCUUUUCAAAUGGGUGGGGACCAUCCAUGGAGCAGCUGGCACAGUAUACGAAGACCUGAGGUAUAAGCUCUCUCUGGAGUUCCCCAGUGGCUACCCUUACAAUGCGCCCACGGUGAGGUUCCUCACACCCUGCUACCACCCCAACGUGGACACCCAGGGUAACAUCUGCCUGGACAUCCUGAAGGACAAGUGGUCUGCCCUGUAUGACGUCAGGACCAUCCUGCUCUCCAUCCAGAGCCUGCUCGGAGAGCCCAACAUUGACAGCCCUUUGAACACACAUGCUGCCGAGCUCUGGAAAAACCCCACAGCCUUUAAGGAGUACCUUCAAGAAACCUACUCAAAGCAGGUCUCCAGCCAAGAACCCUGACUGUCCAGCCUCUCUCCUGUGUUGUCUUUUUAUUUUUUCCUUAGAUGGUCUGUCCUUUCCUUGAUUUCUCUAUAGAACUCUGUAUCUUAAGCUGUGGUGUCAUUUUUGUUUUGUUUGUUUUUUAAAUUAAGUCUCUGGUUGAGCCCUUGUGAAUAUAGUAAAUAAAUACAUUUUGGGUUUUUUACAA